AUGACGCAGUCUUUCUCAUCAUCCUUGAAUGGCUCCUCGCGGUGCGUGUCAGCGAAGAAUGAACAUCUAUGGAUGCAUGGCGCUGCAGGCGUCAUGGGCGGAUCAACCGCGAUGAUGCUGUUCUACCCGCUCGACUUUCUCCGCACUCGCAUGCAUACCAUUCACCAGGGAAGUCGCACGAUGCCGCUCCGCUCCGCUCGUGAGAUUGUGCGCCAGGAAGGAUUGCGUGGCAUGUACAAAGGCAUCGGCGUGUCGGUCAUCUCGCAUAGCGUUGGCUGGGGCCUAUAUUUGCUCUCCUUUCGCGCCGCGCAGCAGCGCAUCACGGAGUUGCUCGGCGGAAAAGUGGAGGACUUUAUGUUUGAGCAGUCCAGUCUCGAUUUCAUGAGCGCGUGUGUCGCGGCUACUAUCACGGGUACCGUCGUCACCCCGCUUCACGUCAUCAAGACACGCCGGCAGCUGUGCGACGCCAACCACCUUCCCAACUGCGUACGUGCGCAGCCACUGCCCCCCGGCUUUGCUGGGGUCCGAGCUAUUGUACGGCGGGAGGGUUGGAAGGCCAUGUUCCGCGGGCUUGGACCUCAGGUACUGCUCACCGGCAACACCAUCAUCCAAGUGACUAUCUACGAGUGGUUCCGGCGUCACAUGUUCACCAACCACGAAAAUCCCUCGCCGCUGCAGGUGGCACUGGCUUCCGGCUUUUCCAAGGCAGUGGCCUGUACCCUCUUCAACCCCCUCGAGGUUGUGCGAACCUGCUUGCAGGAUCACCGCAACCACGGCCGAGCGGAGUUCAAGAGCAUGUGGACCGGCUUGCAGACCAUCUGGCGAAGUGAGGGGCUCCACGGUAUGUACCGCGGCCUUCCUGUGAACGUUGCUCGUGUCAUCCCCACAACGAUGAUGGCGUUCGUGCUGUACGAGAAGAGCCUGUGGGCGAUACGUACGACGUAUGAAAUGGCUGAGUCGCUGCACACAGCAGGCGCUGCGACUUCAAGCACUAGCAAUGGCGUCAAAGGCGGUGCUGCUGGUAGCAACAUCAGCACUGCAAGCAGCAGCAAGGAAGGCCGCUCUGUGGGACAGCCUCAGUUCCAGUAG